AUGGAGCGGCCGCCACAUCACAUCUCUUCAAGUAGCAGGAGCCAGCAGCAUCACAUGUGGUACCUUACAACAGGAAUCCAGUUAUUGGAGCAGAGGGGACGCGACGCGACGCGCUCACAUCACGCGGUGGGCCGGCACCUUCAGCAUCGAUGCUUCUCUUCUUGGAAGCGGCUCUCGGCAGAGUCGGUUUGGUGUCAGGAUACAAACCGCCGGGUAUUUGAAGCCACUUGGGGCAGAAAUGGCAUUACGCGUGCUGUUUCAGAUUACUGCAGUGAAACAGCUCAGUAUCUGGAUGCUAUUGUUUCUCCCAACCUGAAGACGACCAAAAUCCUGCGGGUUCCUCCAGCAGUAUCAAUGUCAGAAUGUAUAUCGGCGUGUUGUGACUUUACUGACUGUGACUUGGCAUGGAUGUUUGAGGGUCGCUGUUACAUUAUAAAUUGUCAACACAGGGAUGAGUGUGAGCCAAAAAUGACUAGUGCUGUGGAAUCUUACUUAAGCUUUGUGCAGCGGUCACCAGCUCUGAAGCCAAGCUUACGAGAUGCCUAUCAUAAGGGCAGAGGACGUUCCAUGGGGAAGCAAAGGGACUCGGUGCCAACUGAGGGGAAUAUUAACCUGCAAGAUCUUUAUGGUGAAGACUUGACCCUUGAUGGCUCUAUUGCGAAGAACUCCAUAAGGGACUACAAAGAAAUACCCGCUACUUUUGGGAAUUCAGAAAGUUCCAGCAAGGGUCAAGGGCAAAUGCAAGGCUCACAGCCCUGGCCACUGUGGGAUUUUAAAUAUGAUGCUGAUGUGUCUUCAGUGAAGGCAAGUGGGAUCGGUGUUGAGGAGGAGGAUGCUGGAAUUCAAAGCAGAGCCCCUCUAAACGUGAGUUUCCCAGUUAAUGAAUCUCAGCAGGAAGAAUGGAGUGAUGAAACAAAGCAAGAGGUGAACAAUGUUAUGAAAUUAGUCCCUUUGGAGAGAGUGAGCAAAGGAAAACUCCUGCAAAAGUUCAAUGCAAACAGAACCAGUGUCCAAGAGGAAGAUGCACUUCCAUCAAAUUCAUCACAUAUUGAAACAUUGACUACAACGCUGAACCCAGAAACGAGCAGUUUUGUGUCCGAACACCAACAGAAAUCUGGAGAAGGCAUCCAGAUUAUAACUCCCAGUGUCGAGAGUUCACUCGCUUCACAGCCCCCAGCCACAGAGACAUUAACUAUCGCUACGCAACGAGGCUGCAUCCACGUAGUCUCUGCCAAGAAGAGACCUCUCAGGGCAUCAUCAUCUCUUCCACCACCUCUGAAGCAGAUACUUCAGCUUUCUGCGAACUGUCAGAAGACUUUUGACAGCCUGAAAGCUGUAACCACUGCUCCAAUGUUAGCCACCCCUAAUUAUGCAAAGCCAUUCAAGGUGGCUAUUAAUCGGAGUGAUGUGGAUUAUCCUUUAUUUCUCUCUUUUCCCACAGUCAAGGAGCUGGUUGUAUCUGCGGGGAGUAACAUAGUGGUCACGCAACCCAAAAAUUCUGUGGAGCUGAAUACUUUUGUGGUUCCUGCACCAUCAGCAGAAUCACCUUACAGUUAUCAGUGGAAUCUAGUGAGCCAUCCCGUGGACUUUGAGGGUGUAAUGGAAGGCAAGGAUUCUCCGACACUGAAGCUAUCUCAGUUGUCAGAUGGCCUGUACGUUUUCAGAGUCUGUGUGUCUGGAGAAGGUGCUUUUGGAGAAAGCUUUAUCAACGUCACUGUGAAACCUGCUCCUCGCAUCAAUCAACCACCAGUAGCUAUCGCCUCACCAUGGAUACAAGAAGUUUCCCUACCUACAACCUCAACAUUUAUUGAUGGCAGUCAAAGUACAGAUGAUGAUAGGAUUGUGAGUUAUCGCUGGGAGGAGAUUAAGGGUCCCCUGCGAGAACAAAAGGCAUCAGCAAACACUGCCACCCUCCAUUUGUCUAACCUCAUGACUGGUAACUACACCUUCAGACUCACUGUACUUGAUUCAGAUGGGAUUGAGAACUCGACAACUGCUAUGGUGAUUGUCAGCAGACCUGUGGAUUAUCCACCCAUAGCAAACGCUGGCCCGAAUCAGGCAAUAACCCUGCCCUGUAAUAGCAUUACACUGAACGGAAACCAGAGCAACGAUGAUUAUCAGAUUGUGAACUAUGAGUGGUCACUCAGUCCGAACAGCAAGGGCAAGGUGGUUGAAAUGCAGGGUGUGCGGACCCCUUACCUCCAGUUGUCUGCGAUGCAGGAAGGGGAUUAUACCUUCCAGCUCACCGUGACAGACUCUGCUGGGCAGCAGUCCUCAACUGAGGUGACGGUCAUUGUCCAACCUGAGAAAAACAGUCCCCCAAUAGCAAUUGUGGGUCCUGACAAAGAAUUAAUAAGCCCAGUAGAAAGUACUACUUUGGAUGGACAAGGGAGCACUGAUGAUCAGGGUAUUAUCUCAUAUCACUGGGAGAAGAUCAGUGGCCCUGAUGUGAAAGUUGAGGAUAAUGACAAGGCUGUGGCCACAGUGAUAGGGCUUCACGUUGGGACAUACCAAUUCAGGUUGACUGUCACUGACCAGCAAGGCCUAAGCAGCUCAAAAACAGUGGCAGUCACUAUCAAAGAAGAAACCAAUAAUCGUCCUGAAGCUAAUGCUGGAGGUAACCAUUUUCUGGCUUUACCCAAUAACUCCAUCACCCUUGAUGGUUCCAACUCCACUGAUGACCAAGACAUUGUAUCUUAUCUUUGGACACGGGAUGGGCAGAGUCCUGCUGCAGGUGAGGUAAUACAUUACUCAGAUCAUGAAGCAAGACUGCAGCUAACUAACCUUGUGGAAGGGAAGUAUAUUUUUCACCUGAAAGUCACUGAUGCAAAUGGGGAGUCGGACACAGAUAGCACCACUGUUGAAGUACGACCAGAUCCGAGGAAGAAUGACUUGGUGGAGCUGGUGCUCCAGGUCACAGUGAGCAGUCUGACUGAGCAACAGAAGGAUACUCUUGUGCGACAGCUGGCAGUGCUGCUUGGGGUGUUUGACACAGACAUCAAUGUCCAGAAGAUUCAGGCACAUUCCGAUUCCAGUACAUUAUUGACAUUCUACGUUCAAGGUGGGCAGCCGUACAGGGUGUCCAAAGGUGUGGAUGUGGCCAGGAGUUUGCAGAAACAGCUCAUGAGAGAGAAAAUGGACUUCCUGCUUUUUAAAACCCUGAGGAUAGAUACAGCUGUCUGCUUUCUGAAAUGCUCAGGUCAUGGGCACUGUGACCCAUUCACUAAGCGUUGUGUCUGCUAUGCAUUCUGGAUGGAGAACCUAAUCCAGCGUUACUUCGACGACGGAGAGAGCAACUGUGACUGGAGUGUGUUGUAUGUGAUUUUGUCAGUGUUUCUAAUGAUCAUCAUUAUUGGCGGAAUAUGCUGGACAUGUAUCUGUUGCUGUAAGAGAAAGCGAACCAAAGUAAGGAAGAAAAACAAGUACACCAUCUUAGACAACAUGGAUGAUCAGGAACAAAUGGCACUGAGGCCAAAAUAUGGUGUGAAACACAAAAGCACAGAACAUAACUCAAGUCUGAUGAUAUCUGAAUCAGAAUUUGACAGUGAUCAGAACACACUCUUUAGCAGAGAAACCAUCGAAGAGAACCAUAAAGUUGUUGUGAACGGCUCACUUAAGAAUGGAGUCUCCUUUAAUUAUCAUCCCCAAAACAGAUAA